CCUGCAUGUCGUGGUCACCGACUGAUCAACUGAAAGACUGAGCACACUGGUAGCAGAUCUACUGGAUGGCAGUGGCAGCUUGCUGUGUGUUUGAACUCACUGCUGCUUGCUGUUCAGUUCAAGCGAAUCCUUUCAAAGAGCUCGUUUUCACAGUGCACGCACCUUUUUCCAGAGGGCAGGGCGUGGAAUCAGCCGAGGAUACUCACACCUUCGUAGAAUCUCACGGGCGGUUCGUGUGUGUUAGGAAGUGCGAAAUCUCGCUAGCGCUUUCUUUAUCGGCCGCCCGCAUCGUGUUCACACCGUGCUCCUCCCAGCUCGUCGCGCGUUUAGCAGCACUGAAGCAGUGUGGUGUAACAGUGCGAGUGCAGUCGUUCCGGCACUAGGCCGGCCCUCGGCAGUGCAUGCAUGGCUUCAUGGAAGAAAAGAUUGUCCUUGUCGAUUAAUCACCGCCCGUCGAUCGAGGAGCACGCUAGCGAAGAUCGCAGUCAGCCACAGGCCAUGCAGGAUGAUGGAGGAUCAGCACUCAACAAUGAGGAAAGGGACACAGUUGAAGGUAUCACAAGCAGCAAGAAGGGCUUCAGUCGUAGCAAGAGUCACAAGGAGGUGAAGAGCACAUCGCGGUCGAGCCUGGGCGUGGGUGUAACACUCCGUACAGGACUGAGUGUGAGUCCGGGUUCGAGGGCACGCAAGUACCGAUCCGACAGUCAGCUGGGCGAGGGUGCAACGUCAAUGAGCGAAUCGUCGGAGGAUGGCGACAUGCGUGGCCUCACGAGUGCCUCGAUGCCCAACUCUCCUUCUCGGGGUCUCUCUCCCGCACUCGACCUCAGUCGGAAAAUGAGCAAACGUCAGAGACGCUUAUCUCAGACUGAGCUCGGCUUUGGCAGACUAGAAACCUACGAGAAGCUGGAGCAGUUAGGGGAGGGAACGUAUGCAACUGUAUUCAAGGCGCAGAGCACGCUAACUGGAUUGACGGUUGCAAUGAAGGAGAUUCGACUGGAGCACGAGGAAGGGGCACCGUGCACGGCAAUACGAGAAAUUUCGCUGCUCAAGGAUCUGAAGCAUGCCAACAUUGUCACGCUACAUGACAUCAUAUACAGCAAGUCACUGGUGCUCAUCUUUGAGUACAUGCACCGUGACCUGAAACAGUACAUGGAGACUUGUAAAGGAACACUGCACUUGACCAACAUAAAGUAUUUUGCCUUUCAACUUCUCCGUGGCCUUGCAUACUGUCACAGCAAGAAGGUUUUGCAUCGAGACCUGAAACCGCAGAACCUGCUUAUCAGUGAUACCGGCGAUCUAAAACUGGCUGACUUUGGUCUUGCCCGGGCGAAAUCAGUGCCGUCUAAAACCUACUCGAACGAGGUCGUCACAUUAUGGUACCGGCCACCUGACGUCCUGCUUGGCUCGGUGAACUACUCUGGUACUAUUGACAUGUGGGGUGUGGGCUGCAUCCUGUUUGAGAUGGUUCUUGGUCGCCCGCCAUUCCCUGGAUCCAACGUUGAAGAUCAGCUCAUGCUCAUUUUCCGGGCACUUGGAACGCCCACACCGACGUCCUGGCCUGGCAUUGACAAGAACCAGGAAUUCUUAGCAGUUGAUUACCCGCCAUAUCUACGGCAUGAUCUUGGUACACUGGUACCACGCAUGGAGCCAGAAGGCAUCGCACUUAUGGAUGCACUCCUUGUGUAUCGACCGGAGCUGAGACCAACAGCAAAAGAGGCCAUGAAGCAUCCUUACUUUGACUCACUGGGCGAACGCAUCCAUCAACUCUUUGAUACUGUCAGUAUAUUCACGGUCGACGGAAUCGAGCUCCAGCCUGAUCCAGGGCGGCCUGCCGACGAAGCCCAAGAAACCGAAGUAGUCAUAGGCUCUGAUACUACCACCACAACAGCAACGGACGCAGAGUUCUGACCUGAUUCCACUACUGUCACGACGUUGACAUGAUGCUCAACGUCACGAGAUUAUUUGCAAGAAUCAUUUAGGACCAAGGUCAAGUACAGCGCUUUAACAGGUGCUGUAUUUCAACAGAACGUCAAUUGAAUCGGUUAAUUGUCGCAACCCCCCCCCCCCCCUACUUCCCAGGAUAAUCUAUUUCCAAAUGCUCUCAGACUUUUUGCUACCCGUGUGCCUGUGUGUGUGUGUGUGUGUGUGUGUGUGUGUGUGCUGUGGGAACUGGACUUGUAAAAACGUUGUAAUUAUCUUCUUUUGUGAAAUAAGUACACUUGCUCUGCUAAAGGUAUGAUUGUUAUCUCAAUCGCUGAAGCUGACAUUGAACUUUGCCGCUAAAAAGUAUGCAAAUGCAUGGCUCCAUAAAGUCGAAGAUGAUAAUGCUUUGCUCAAAGAAUGUACAAAGAAGAACUCAUUGUUGAUGCCAAGGCAAAUUUUCUGCAAUCUUGCCUGACUAGCAUAUGACCAUUCACAGGUUUGGUGAAUUGCUGAAUAAACAAAUAGAAACAGCCAA